AUGGAUGCUGCUUGUCGUGGUCAUCUUUUAUAUAAGUUAGCGGAUCUUAUAGAACGAGAUCGUAUUCUACUUGCGAGUUUAGAAACAUUGGACAAUGGCAAGCCAUAUACAAUGGCAUACACAGCAGAUUUGAGUUUGUCUAUUAAAUGCUUAAGACAUUAUGCUGGUUGGGCAGAUAAAAUUCAUGGCAAAACUCUACCUAUCGCUGGUGACUAUUUUUGCUAUACACGGCAUGAACCAUUUGGAGUAAUUGGUCAAAUAAUUCCUUGGAACUUCCCAUUGUUAAUGUUAACUUGGAAACUUGGCCCUGCAUUAUCAGUGGGUAACACCGUCGUCUUGAAACCUGCUGAACAGACACCUCUAACAGCUUUACACGUUGCUUCAUUAAUUGUUGAGGCUGGUUUUCCAGAAGGCGUCGUGAAUAUAGUGCCUGGGCUUGGCCCAUCGGCUGGGCAUGCUAUUGCUGCACAUCCAGAUAUCGACAAAAUUGCUUUCACUGGUUCGACUGAUGUGGGAAAGCUAGUUAUGGCUACUGCUGCUGGAUCUAAUAUUAAGGGAGUUACACUGGAACUUGGAGGAAAAAGUCCAAUCAUUAUUUUCGCAGAUGCAGAUUUGGAUGAAGCUGUAAAAGUAGCUCAUUCAGCACUAUUUUUUAACCAAGGGCAAUGUUGUUGCGCUGGUUCACGUACUUUUGUUGAAGCAAAAAUUUAUGAUGAAUUCGUGGAAAAGUCAAAGAAAUUCGCAGAGAAAAGUGUGCUUGGUAAUCCUUUCGAUCCGAAAACUCAGCAAGGACCUCAAAUCGACGAAACUCAUGUGGAAAAAGUUUUAAGCUACGUCGACUUAGGUAUCAAGGAAGGUGCACAGUUAGUGACGGGUGGAAAACGAUUUGGUGAUAAGGGUUUCUUUGUCCAUCCAACCGUAUUUGCCAAUGUCAAGGAAGGAAUGCAGAUAGCUCAGGAAGAGAUUUUUGGGCCUGUAAUGUCGAUAAUAAGAUUUAAUGAUAUGGAAAAUCUAGUGGAAAAAGCUAAUAAUACAAUAUAUGGCCUUGCUGCUGGAGUGGUGACUAACGAUAUAGACAAGGCAUUCCAUGUGGCCAAUAACAUAAGAGCGGGAACUGUAUGGGUGAAUUGUUAUAAUGUCUUUGAUGCAGCUGCACCGUUUGGUGGAUACAAAUCAUCGGGUAUUGGUCGUGAGCUUGGUGAAUAUGGACUGGAAGUUUAUACAGAAGUUAAAACUGUUGUCAUUAAAAUUCCACAGAAAAAUUCUUAA